AAAAAAGCGAAAAUUAUGCUAGAAGCAGAAACAGAGUCAGAGACACAGUCUGAAACAGAGACAGGGACAGAGGAGGAGCAGCUGCGGCUCAACCAGAGCAUUGACCGCCAUGUGCCACAAUUGGUGCAACUGCUGCUGGGAAUUCCGGAUGAAUCGACAGGCAACUCGGCCAACUACGAACAGUUUGUGGCAUCUGCCAAACAGACGCUAGCGGUGGCUCAUUACUUCGGUGAGCAAUCGGCGGAUGAUGUGAAGGCAAAACUGUCGGAAUUUAUGCUGCAACUGCAUCUCCGGGGGCAUGAAAACAUUGCCAAAGCCAUUGAAAAGCAUACCAAAACGGUGCUGACAGACCCCUGGCUGGAAGAACACCCAGUGAAGGAAUUCCAGUGUCGUCUGAUCGAAUUUUAUUUAUCCAUUAGCAACUUGAAGGAUGAGCUGUGCCCGGAGGAGGACACAAGGGCACGCGAGAAUCUAGUGAAUCGGUACAUGGAAGCCUCAAGGAAUGGGGAUCUAGAUUUUGAAAUAGAUUCUGAUACAGAUUCGAACGUAGCGAACUCCAACCUGUUCGGAAGUGAUCUGCGACAGGAAGAAGUGGACGCUGCUGUCGUCAGUCCUCGCUCACUGCCGGAAGUCAAUCCUUGCCCGGAGGCGAUACUCCAGGAACGUUGCAAUUGUGGGGGGGAAUUCCUACAUCGCUCCUUUGCCACCGACUAUGGGGGAUAUCUCUAUGAAAAGCUGCUACUGCUGUAUGUGGAGAAGCCCAUGGACGAGAAGAAGCUGCUGCUGCGAGAGCUGCUCGUCAUGUUCUUUUUGCCCCAUAAUUGCAUUUACUUCGUGAUGGUCGAUCAGCGCAUUCAGCUGCGUAUAGAUGCACCACAGAUCGUACAGAUGGUGUCGCUUAAGCCCAUACUGGAGUCCCUGUGGCAGAUGCAACAGCUGCGGCGGUUCAUCGAUCGCUGCCUGAACAUGCAACGUAGCUGCGAUCGCUUGCAGACGUUUAUUUGCUUUGCCCAAGGACUGGAGAGGCUGCUGCUGCCCGUGAUGCAAUUUCUGGUGGACUACGAUCGUCGCGUGCGUGAGGACACGGACGUAACCAAUGUGCAACACUUUCUGUGUAGCUCAGCGUCGCCCAUGGAGCGUAUUCAGCUGCUGGCUGACAUGCUGCCACGUGACCUAAAACUGGACACGGAACCGCCAGACGUUUGCUGUCUGAAACUUUUGGGGCAGCUCCACGACCUCAGCUCAAAGCCGCAGACGGCGGUGGCUAACAUUCCGAGCAAUCAUGCCGCAUUGGCUGCCACAUUGUUGCUUCACUCGCUGGAGGGUUAUUGCCGCAUUCUGGACACUUGGUGGCAGACGGGCGACUUUCGGGACCACAGUGGAGAGCUUCCUUAUAGGCAGCAAUACCUGGAUGGCAUGACGAGCUUCAUGCCACGUGAAUUGGAUCGCAAGAGUCGCUCGUGUGUGCGUUUCAUCGACCGCCAUGUGCGGCAGGCGGCACCGUUUGUGGCCACCCUGUGCGACACGCAACGCAACGAAGAUUUUGUCACAACGCACAAAUCUCUCUUCAAGGUGAGUCUGUAUCACGAGUUCGUGUCGACGUUCCUGUCCGAGUUGUGGGACUACCAUGUGCGGUGUUACGUCCAUCCGCGUUCCCAAUUCGCCCUACCGAUGCUGGAGCAGCUUGUCAUUGCCUACCACAAGGACAUGCAGGGCCAUAUGGAUCAUCCUUCGAUCCAUGAUAUACUGGAGAGUGUCCUGGCCUGUGCCGCAUAUGUGCCACUGCCGGAGAUUAUCCAGCAAACCCUGAAGCAACUGCUGCACAAGCGGCUGCUGCUGGUGCGCUGCUACACGCAGCAUCUGCUGCAGAAGGAGCUGCAUCUCCAGGACAAGCUACAGUGCCUGGUGGGUGUAUGCAUGGGGGAUGUGGCCAGGCAUCAGCAGAAGUACGAGAGAUUCUUUGAGCUCCUGGAGGAUAAUCAACUCCCUGAAGCAUCGUGGAAGCUGAAGGAUAUCUUUGAGGAAAUGUAUUCACAAUUUUCCAGUAUGAUUUUUGUGGAUUUACCAGGCUCCAACCUGGCGGAGAUCUCCCUUAAAGUACCCAAUGACAAGAUCCUGCAGCGUGUGGUGACGCCGCCGCUAAUGGAGCUCCUGAACAUAUCCUUUCGCCUGAAUCUGCGCAUGCAUCAGGCGCAAUGGAUGCUCGCCGCUUUGCCACAGCUGCCAGAAGCAAAGGCCGAACGACCGAUUCAAGUUCUGGUGGCUGUCAAAAACAUACUUGCCUUCAACCUCCGGCAUCCGGGGAAGCCCGACAUGGCGCAGAAGAUACACAGCAGCUAUCUGAAGGCCUUACAGAAACCCUUCGCAAACCUCGAGGAUCUGCGUCUGUCCAGCCACAAGUUUGCACAACGAAUGUCGGAACUGCUUUCCCAAUCGACCGCCGAGGGCGAUCCCGAAGAGAUUCUUGCCUGGGCGCAGCUCCUGAAGAAGCUCUGGCUGCGUACGUUGGAUUUACUGGACGAUGGCAAUGCUUUUGUGGCCUGCCCGGCGGCAUCUCCAUGCUUCCAAUUGGACUACAAAUUGCUGGAUGAGCGCUACUUGCAGACCAUUCUGCGCCGCUGCUGUGCCAUGACAAUGGUGGCAAUAUUGCAACAAAAAUAGAUCCAAAAUACACUUUUAUUGGAUACUAUAAAUAAGCGCGGA